AUCACGCCUCGGCUGCUAUUGGCCAGCGCAGGUCACGUGAUCAAAACAGUGUCAUGGCGGCAUCCGCGGCGGUCCGGUCGGCCGUGAGUUUGACGCAGCGGGUUGUCCGAGUUUCACCGGACUGCAGCAUCUGUCCGCUCUACCGACUCAACGCGUGUACAGGACCCACCGACGGGUUUACCGCUCCGAACCGACGCCUGCGGACCAGCAUCGGUGUGUGUCAGAGUGAAGACAGCAGCUCACCGGAGGAGGACAAGCGAGUGGUUAAUGUGGUGUUCAUCGACCGCUCCGGACAGAGGAUUCCCGUCGAGGCGAGGGUCGGAGAUAAUGCUCUUCACCUGGCGCACAAGCACGGCAUUGAACUGGAGGGCGCCUGUGAAGCGUCUCUGGCCUGCUCCACCUGUCACGUGUACGUCAGCAGCGAACACUAUGAGAAACUUCCAGAGCCUGAGGAACGGGAGGACGAUAUGCUGGACAUGGCUCCGAUGCUGCAGGAGAACUCUCGUCUGAGCUGCCAGAUCGUCCUGACGCCGGAGCUGGACGGCAUGGAGCUGACGCUGCCCAAGGUCACCAGGAACUUCUACGUGGACGGCCACGUGCCCAAACCGCACUGAGGGUUCGUGACGGAUCGCAAAGCACUGUGGGACACCGACGCUAGGCAAGCCUCUGGUUAAAGGCUCGAACAUCUCUGAGCUUCUCAUCCGGUGAACUCUGGAGCUCCGGCUGAAUUCGGUGCGCAGGUAUUUCCUCACGAAGGACUGCGGCAUGCCGCUUCAUUAUCCUCCACAUAACCACAACAUCAGAGAUAGUGUACAUGUACUGAAAACAUCACAAUCCAACACCUGCUUCUCUCUGGCUCUUUUCUUUUGUAUGAAUAAAAUGAAGCCUUUUUUUAGGACCGUUAAGAUUUUCCGCAUCAUUGUUUUUAUGACAGUGCUCAUGGUUUCCCAUGACUGUAAUGCAGAUGUUGUAAUUCAUUCAUAGUUUUGUAAUUCCCAUUAUCCUCUGACUUGCUGUACUGCAGAAAAAUAUUACUGUACUACCAUAUCGUAUUGAUGAAAGGAAAAAUUAAAGAAUGUGAGUGAUGCGUAAACGGGCUUCAUUUUCUUCAUACACCGUUUGACUUCUUAUUUCUUUGUUGAUUUUGUGGUGAAGUAUCUAUCAGCUGGACGUGAUCUCCACAUUUCAUGAGAUUCACCAAAAACAGAAACAUUCCACAGUACAAAUAAUUUCAGGCUUUUAUAAAUGUUACCUUGUUCAGACUCUGGAGAAAGAGUAGCGCUGCACAUCUGCUCUGAUGAAUGAUGUAGAUUCUCUGCAGAUUGAUGUGGUUUACAGUAAAAGACGGUCAGUAGCUGCCGUUCUGCACUUCAUUUCAUUAUUAAUAACCACACAAACCUGUCAAACACACAUUU